AUGGACGUCACAAAAUUCCUUUCCGUGGUUUUCCUUUUUGCUGCUACCGUAAAUUCUAGAGAAUAUUUCGAAGAUGACGAUACUUACGACAGCUACAACGACGAAAACUAUCCUGAAGAUUUUGGUGACAAUAUAGAUUUAGAUGCUGCUGCUCCUCCUCCAGAUAACUUUGGCAUGUGCAAUAGAGUAAAUCUUCCAUGUGAUCACUGCAGUUCCUGUCGUACAGGUGGAUGGUGCAUCAAAAAUCCAGGAAACAAACCAAAAUGUCUAUGUAACUAUGGUUGGACUGGACCAAAAGCUGAAUGGGUACCAAACACUAACGAUCCGGCCUGGGGAAUCAAUCGUAUCAGAGCUGAGAAUUGUUUGAAACCAUGUCACUACACACAUCAUGUCAGAAAUAAAACUUGUGUUGCAAGAACAGGAAACAUAGGCACCCAAUGCCACCCGCACUGUGGUAAAUACCAAGGGAAGUGCAAUACAGCAACAGGUCGGUGUGAGUGCUGUCGUGGAUGGACUGGACCUCAUGGUGUUUACGAUUACACACAGGGAAGAUAUCUUGCUGAUUUCUGCAAUAAGGAGUGUCCUUUCUUAGGAGUUAGAAUUCCAAAUCCAACUUGCAAGAAAAAUCCUAAUGAUAAUGUACCGGCAUGCAAUCCCAAAUGCGUUAAAACUGAUGGCAAAUGUUUGAAAAACGGUCGAUGUCUGUGUUGCCUGGGAUGGACUGGUCCCCAUGCGCAGUUUAUUCACUCAGGACACUAUAAAGGAAAGAUUGUUGCAGAUUAUUGUAAUGUGUAUUGUCCAUACACUUUGCACAGACAUAACAGCUUGUGCGUUGUACCCGAUUACAUCCACAGAAAAACAACUGGAAGUGGUGUUAAAAUAACAAAUCAGCAGGAAGCAUCAGCGAAUUCUCAACAGCCAGUAGGCUGUGAAAGUACUGUUUUCUUAGAUGCGAAAAAAACUAUGUCGCUACUAAUUGAUAUAACAGAAUUUUAUGUAUGUUGUGAAACGAAAAUGCUGCUCUGUUUUAUCCUAGUUAUUCGGAUAUUAAUCUUGACUUUAAACUGCGAAGUACAUUUUACUCAACAUGUAUACAAUGUUUAUGAAAGCUUGUUUUAUUAUUUUAUAUUACACUCGCUGUCUGUCUGUGAACCAAACAUGCUACAAUCCUGGUCAAAAUACAUUGGCAGUAAGCUACAAAAAGUGCAGUAUAAUCCUUUCCUACCCCCUCUCCCCCAUUAUCAAUGUUUGGAAACACUCGCGAUACGUCUCUACAUAAACUUUACAUUUGAUAUUACCACAAUAUUUAGAAAACGUUCAUACUUAGUAUUUAAAAAAUCAAACCCCAAGUCAACGACACAAUACAAUUCAACAUUUGCUAACAUCGGCAAAUGCCCCAUUGUGGAAAAAACGAUUGACAAAUUAAAGAACAAAGAAUUGUUGCCUUCAUUGAAAUUGACAAUAUACUUAAAAAUAAAAAUUCUCAAAAAAAAUGGACAAGGAAGUUUGCAGACGAUAUUUCUUUGGGAAUUUAUGAAAAGCAUUAUUUACACAAUGGAAGUCACUAAAGUCUUUUUUAUGCUCUGUUUUCUCGCUCUUGCAGUAAAUUGUAGAGAAUUCUUCGAGGAUGACGACUACAAAGAAGAAGAAUACGACAACGACAAAAAUCCGGAUUUUAGUGACGAAGAUUUUACUGAAGAUUUAGAUGAAGAUGACGAGGAUGCUGCUGCUCCUCCUCCAGAUAACUUUGGCAUGUGCAAUAGAGUAAAUCUUCCAUGUGAUCACUGUAGUUCUUGUCGUACAGGUGGAUGGUGCAUCAAAAAUCCAGGAAACAAACCAAAAUGUCUAUGUAACUAUGGUUGGACUGGACCAAAAGCUGAAUGGGUACCAAACACUAACGAUCCAGCCUGGGGAAUCAAUCGAAUCAGAGCUGAGAAUUGUUUGAAACCAUGUCACUACACACAUCAUGUCAGAAAUAAAACUUGCGUUGCAAAAACAGGAAACUUAGACAUCCAAUGCCACCCGGACUGUGGUAAAUACCAAGGGAAGUGCAAUAAAGCAACAGGUCGGUGUGAGUGCUGUCGUGGAUGGACUGGACCUCAUGGUGUUUAUGAUCACACACAUGGAAGAUAUGUUGCUGAUUUCUGCAAUAAAGAAUGUCCUUUCUUAGGAGUUGGAAUUCCAAAUCCAACUUGCAAAAAAAAUCAUAAUGAUCAUGUGCCUACAUGCAAUCCAAAAUGCGUUAAAAGCGACGGAAAAUGUUUAAAAGAUGGUCGAUGUUUAUGUUGCCUGGGAUGGACUGGUCCCCAUGCCCAAUUCGUCCAUUCUGGACAUAGUAAAGGAAAGAUCGUUGCAGAUUAUUGUGAUGUAUACUGUCCGUAUACCCUGCACAGACAUAACAAGUUGUGCGUAGUACCUGAUUACAUCACCAGACGAAGAGCUGCUGGUCAUAUGAUCUACGUGACUUUGGGAUUUUUAUCGUUUUUAAGUUAUCAAGACAGCGGUGCGAAUCGUCGCACAAGACAGUGGAAAAUUUCUACUUCAAAAACAGAGCAAUCCUUCGGAAAUAAUUGUCAAUUGUUAAUCGCAAAUUGCAUUCUGCGCAACAUUACCUUUAUAACUUACGUGACUAAUUUUUUUUACAUGACUGAAAAGAUAUUGAAUUACAAUAUUGAUGAUUUACCUGAACGAAACAUUUGCGUCGAUAAAAAGCGUACGAAAUUUGUUAAAAUUAUCGAGACAGGUGUCGCUCUGAUAAAACAAACAAACAAAAAUACCAUUGGGAGAAGAUUGUACAAUAAUUUGUUUUCUAUAUCCAUUAAGUAUGCCGAAACAAGAAAAAAGUCCUAUUGGAAAACGGAAAUGUGUACAUGCAGUUUCCUGUCAAGCUUCACAUUAGGGCCUAAAAGAACAUGUCAAACUAUUAAAGAGUUCAUACAUCAUUCAUUUCACGACAUUAUGGAUAUCACAAAAGUGCUUACUUUGGUUUUCGUGCUAGCAGUUGUAGUGAACUGUAGACGACACUUCAGAGAGAAUUAUGAAAGAGAAGAUGAAAUGCAAGAUUUUGAUGAAGAGGACGAACUUCCUGAAGACUACGAAGAAGAUGAACUAGAAAAUGAAGUUGAGGAUCCAUCGCAUCAAGCAGGAAGUUCGAACCCGAACCUGGAAAUGUGUGACAAUGUAAACUUACCAUGUCAGCAUUGUGAUUCCUGUUUUCCUGGUGGAUGGUGCAUCAAACAUCCGGGUAACCAACCUAAAUGUUUGUGUAACUAUGGUUGGACAGGACCAAGAGCCAAGUGGGUUCCCAACACGAAUGAUCCAGCUUGGGGAAGAAAUCGAAUCAGAGCUGAGAAUUGUUUGAAACCAUGUCACUACACACAUCAUGUCAGAAAUAAGACAUGUGUUGCUCCUACCGGAGAUAACCAAGGUGGUUGCGACCCUAAAUGUGGUAAAUAUCAAGGACAGUGUGUCAAUGGUAAAUGUCAAUGUUGUCGAGGUUGGUCAGGACCUAACGGAGUUUAUGACACUGCUACAGGCAAAUAUAGUGCAGAUUAUUGCAACAAAGAAUGUCCAUUUUUAGGUGCUGGAAUACCUAACCCAACAUGCAAGAAAGCGAAUGAUGAUGUACCUGCAUGCAAUCCAAAAUGCGUUAAAAGUGACGGUAAAUGUUUGACAAACGGUCGGUGUCUAUGUUGUUUGGGUUGGACUGGACCUCACGCUGAAUAUGUACUUUCUGGACACUAUAAAGGAAAGAUUGUUGCAGAUUAUUGCGAUGUAUACUGUCCAUACACUUCACAUACCCACCACAAAUUAUGUGUCAAUCCAGACUACGUUGUCAGAAGAAGAGAAGCUGGUCACAGAAUCUACGUUUAAAGAAGAUGACGACCUCGAAGAUAAUUAUUGAUAUUUCAAGUUGUAAUUUUGUGUAUUUGCAUUGAAUCAAUGUAUGCUGACAUAUUAAAAUUAUUAAAUGUCUGUUA